CUUGUGUUGCACUGCCAAGACGCUACUCUCUUUUCAGGGCAUUAUAUGAAGUCUUCACACCCCUCCCAUGCACGCACAGCCUCUCUUCUCUUCUCAGCCUUGGCUUUUUUAUGGCCAGGUCUUAAUCUCCACAGACCAUUUAAAUACCCCAGCCCAUAUCUCCUACUGUCUCCCCCCUCCUCACAUCUCAGACCGUCUUUUCUUGACCAUUGUUACUUACCGUUCGUUCCCUCUCUCUCUUCCAUUGCAGUCUUCUUCCUGUCUUUACUCUCUCACUCGAUCGAUCGAUGAACAUCUCUCUAUCCCUGAGUCUGGAUGCGAACACUUCCCCUGUCUCGCCCUCACCAUUCUUGACCUUCCCCUCCCAGGAACAGCCCGCGCCUUCUCCCCCAUCCUCUCCAUUUACGGACUCGAAUGCAAUGUCGCCCCAAGUCUCGACCGUCCUUUCCUCCCCGCCUCCCUCACCCGAGCUGCCAAAGUUCAAGAGCGAUUCCCAGCCCACACCAACAGCAGCAUAUAGCAUGCAGCGGCGAUCCGACCCUCAAUGCUUAGCAGAACAGCGAUUGCGCGCGAGUUUUGCACAACACCAGGAGUACCAACAGCAAAUGCGUAAGCGGCUUUCGCAAGCAGAUCAUCCCCUUCACCUCCCGAGCCCUGAAUCUGCCCAGCUUCAUCACCAGUACUUGGUCGCACAACUCGAGUACUACCGACAGCUGCAAAUCAUGCAUUGCCAGCGCGUGCGAGACAUCGAACUUCUGCAUUUGCAACAACAGCAACAGCAACAACAGCAGCAGCAGCCGCAGCCUCUUCAUGUCAUCAAGCGAUUUCAGUUGGCUCAGCGAAUGGUACAGAUGCAGCAGCUCUACCAUGCUCAGCAGAUUCAAAAUAUUCAGUACCUGCAAAAGAUCAAUCGCCUCCAAUUGCAGCCCGUCAGUACCGCCGAAUCCGAACAGCGACCAGCACAGGGCAUCGACCCAGUCAGCGAAGAGGACAUUGCCAAACUGGAAAUCGACCCCAAUACAAUCCACAUUCCUGUUAGAGGCACAAGCCAACCUCGUCUCGAUCUUCAAGAGAUUUUUGGCGCAGCUGGAAAUAUGAACCAGUCAAGUGCCACUAGAGGGCGAAGUCGCAUCCAAGAGCUUGCUAGAAUCACGCUGCCCUGUCCUGCUCAGAUCAGAAAACUACGCCAUCUGAGGCUCAAAUACCAAGCGCGUCUGCGGCAAGCAGUAGCUGCAACAAAAACAACAAAGGCCCUCCACACGCAUCAGCCCUGUGCGACCAUGAACGCAGCGGAGGGUGCAUCUCAGAUGACGCGCUCAAACAGCACCACCACCACCAUAGUUCCCUUGUCCCCUGACGCAGACCAAGCAGCCCAGCUUGCGAAGCAAAUCCAAACGACGGUCUGGACUAGCUCGACAACGACAGUUGUGCCUCGCACCGCGGCCGAUCUGCGGUAUAAGCGACAGCUUCGUCAUAGCAUGGCGUUGCAGCAGCACAUGAUCCAGGACCACACUCAUCGCUAUCGCAUCUUCCAGGCCUUUUGCCUGCUGCAGCGCACAAGAGAGGCCCAGGCCAUGGACGAGGCGCAGACACAUCAGCGUAGACAGCUCCAGACGCUCGCCUGGGUAGAAGCCCUCCGCAACUCGAAAGAACUCGAGAUUCCGCAAUGAUUCACUUGGGCUAUUCCGCUCUAUUUUUUUUUUUUUGGAUCAAAUCGCUCUCAUGAUUUCCCUCGCUCCUUCGCCUUACUCCACAUCUUUUCAUCUUUUUCUUUGUUGUCGCAUUUUGCCACUGUUUUUUUUUUUGUUCUCGUCCUAUUCAUUAUUUCCACAUUUUUGUAUGUAGUUUUGUAGUCUUGUACCCUUGUACUAAUGUGCACGCGCAUACCCUCCCUCAUACCAUACCUUAAUCGUAUGUAGGCAGCAUUAUCCUAGAUUUCAUGCGCUUGUAGAAUAAAGACCUCUCUUUGCGCCACGAUUGACGAC